GGGGAUACAAAUAUGGAGGGGGGGUGUCUACAUUUCCAGUGCUGGAACCCCUUGGAUGGUCACAUCAGAGGUAGGUGGCCCAAACUAACUAUUGUUUCCAAAAGGAGUAAUGUGACUAGCAGAAAUUUUGCCUAUAAGUGAAAAGGGUCUCUGACUACUGUGGAAAACAUUGGAUACAAAUUCGGUGGUGCUUAUAAUGAACUUUAUGAUCCAGGUUUAUUGUCAAGUUUUGUUCCUCCCUGAAAUAAUGCAAACAGAAGCAUAGGGGUGUAGCUGGAAUUAAGGUUUAUGGCAAAUAAUUCAGGCUGAUCUCAGAAUGGCUUUUGAAAGUAUUCCUUUGUCAGGGAGUUUUGGACUCUCUGAAGACUUAACUGUCUUUUCUUUUUAAACUGUAAACCUAAAUAACAAUUAGAUUUUCCAGAGUAUAAUAUUUAUUUGGGAAUAACAAAGCAUUUGAGGGAACACACAUGCCAUACUAAACUGUGAGGAUAUUCAAGGAGGUUGAGGCAAAGGGAAGUUUUGAAAGGUAAAAAGGGAGAAAUUUACUUAAGUAACUUUGAACAAAAUUUACUGGUCUUGGAAACCUGAGGCAGGAGUUGGCAUCAUCUCAUUGGUGAAGGUACCCUUGCUGGGAAAGUGUGCUAUCCAGAGCAUCUUGUCUCAGUUAUUACAAAAUUUAUUACAUAUAAGUUUUAGCCUGGUGCUGUGGCAUAUGCCUGUAAUCCCAGUGAGUUGGGAAGCUGAGGCAGGAUGAUUGCAAGUUUAAGCCCAGCCUGGGCAACGUCGCAAGAUCCUGUCUCAAAACAAAACACAAAAAGAACGGGGUGAAGUUCAGUGAUAGAGUACUUACUUAGCAUCCACAAGCUCUAGGUUCAUUCCCCAGUACUGCAAAGAUAUAUUUUGUUUCAGAAAUCUGUGCCUAAAUUAUAGGCAGGCAAAUCAUAGGGUGCAUGUAGAACUAAAAGGAAAGUCCCUGAAAUAGUACUUAUCUCGGAUAAGCAAACAUAAGCUCUCUUUCUUUAUUACUUUCCAGCUCUAAUUUUGACUGGGUCUGGCAAGAACAUUCUCAUAUUCAUAUCAUCAACGAAUACAAAACAAAAAUGUUUAUCAUCUCACAAUUUAUUUGAGUCAAGAAUCUGAGCGCCAUAGAGUUGCCAACCCAAAUGCUUUUAAGCCAUAAAGAAAUGUAUGGAAAGUGGAUCAACCUGAUUCUGCAGCUCAAUGAUGUCAUCAUUAAGGACAUGGUCCUUACAGCCUCUGCUUGGCUGUUCACUGUGAAGACCUCUACCUAAGGAGGAAAUACUGCAGCCAAGAGGAGGGCUUCUAGGAGCUGAUAUCCUUCAAGUCAACAUGUGGACACAUUUGUCCGAGGUAUUAUCUACAGCACAGCUAGUGGGAGACGAAUAAUAUGUUGCUCAGCUUUGUGGCUUUCCAAAAUUAGUGAUUUUUAAAGUCAACUAAAAGCAAGUAUCUUGAAACAAGCCAGGUGGUUUGUGGUUUGAUGUGGGAAAUCCCGCAGUCUUUUGCCUGCUAAGCAAGUACUCUACCACUGAGCUAUGCCCCAGUCUAAGUCAGAGGGCUCAUUUGGUUUUUCCAUGAGUUUCUGCUAGCUGCCUCAUGCCCAGUUCUGAGAUGUGAAAACACUCAAAGCCACACAGGCUUACGACAGAGCUUAGGAAUCUCCAGUGAUUCUAGAGCAGCCACAGACACACAUGGUCUUCUGCAGAGCCUAUGGGGGACGAAUGAUUCACCUAACAAUAGAAGUUUCAGGGUUGGACUUGAGGAGGGGUAUGAGCUAGCAAGGAGACUUUCUGAGCCAGUCCUGAGCCCGAGUAAUCUAGCCGCCUUGUCACUGCUACUGGCUGCCAUCCAAGCCUGAAGUGCAGUUAUGAGUAACUGAGCUUCCUCCUGGAGGCAGUAAACAGUUAAAAUCUUGAGGCAGCUGUAAUCAUGUAGGCGUGGUUCUCUGGGCUGACUUGGGCUGCCCAGAUCCUGGGCCAAGGGGCAGAGGAACGCCAGCUUAGGCGGCAGAGCCUCCAGGAUGACUGAACUGGAUCUGAUGGCCCCAGGGCCAUUGCCUGGCGUCACUGCUCACCCUGUGGCCCCUCUCAGCUCAGAUUCUGGGUCUGUCAGCCCCACAGAAGAAGAGGACUUGGGCUCCCCCGGGAGAGCUGUGGAGGAGACAGAGGGAGAGGGCAGCUCCUCUGCAGAGUCAGGGGCACCCGGUGAAGAUGGGGAGGAGGACAUACUGUGUGACUUCUGCCUUGGAACCAGCAAGGUGAAGGCAGUGAAGUCCUGUCUCACCUGCAUGGUGAAUUACUGUGAGGAGCACCUGCGUCCUCAUCAGGAGAACAGUAAGCUGCACAGCCACCAGCUGACUGAGCCAUCAAAGGACCGAGACCUACCUACCUGCUCUGCCCACCACAGCCCUCUGGUUGCCUUCUGCUGCAGUGACCAGCAGUGCAUUUGCCAGGAAUGUGGCCAGGAUGAACACAAGGACCACACUACAGUCUCCCUGGAUGCUGCCCGCAGAGAUAAGGAGGCUGAACUUCGGUACACCCAGUUAGACUUGGAGCAGAAACUCAAGUUGAACGAAAAUGCCAUUGCCAGGCUUCAAGCCAAUCACAAGUCUGUUUUGGUGUCGGUGUCGGAGGUGAAGGUGGUAGCUGAAGAGCAGUUUGGGGAACUGCUUGCUGCUGUGAGGAAGGCCCAGGCGGAUGUGAUGCUUUUCUUGGAGGAGAAAGAGCAAGCUGCUCUGAACCAGGCCAAUGGCAUCAAGACCCACCUGGAGUACAGGAGUGUAGAGAUGGAGAAAAGCAAGCAGGAGCUGGAGAGGUUGGCGGCCAUCAGCAACACCGUCCUCUUUUUGGAGGAUUACUGCAAGUUCAAGAACACGGAAGACACUGCUUUCCCUAGUGUUUACAUAGGGCUGAAGGAUAAACUGUCAGGCAUCCGCAAGGUCAUCACAGACUCCACCCUACACUUAAUCCAGCUGUUGGAGAACUACAAGGAAAAACUCCAGGAGUUCUCCAAAGAAGAGGAGUAUGACAUCAAAACUCAAGUUUCUGCCAUCAUUCAGCGCAAGUAUCGGACCUCAAAACCUGAGCCCAAAACCAGGAAAGAGUUCCUCCAAUAUGCUCACGAUAUCACAUUUGACCCGGACACAGCACAUAGGUAUCUCCGACUGCAAGAGGACAACCGCAAAAUCACCAACACCACACCCUGGGAACAUCCCUAUCCAGACCUCCCCAGCAGAUUUCUGCACUGGAGGCAGGUGCUGUCCCAACAGAGUCUGUACCUGCACAGGUACUAUUUUGAGAUAGAGAUCUCCGGGGCAGGCACUUACUUUGGCUUGACCUGCAAAGGAAUUGACCGGAAAGGGGAGGAACGCAACAGUUGCAUUUCCGGGAACAACUUCUCCUGGAGCCUCCAUUGGAACGGGAAGGAGUUCACAGCCUGGCACAGUGACACAGAGACCCCCCUCAAAGCUGGCCCUUUCCGGAGGCUUGGGAUCUAUGUCAACUUCCCGGGAGGGACCCUUUCCUUCUAUGGCGUAGAAUAUGAUUCCAUGACUCUGGUUCACAAGUUUGACUGCAAAUUUUCAGAGCCAGUCUAUGCGGCCUUCUGGCUUUCCAAGAAAGAAAAUGCCAUCCGGAUUGUGGAUCUGGGAGAGGAACCUGAGAAGCCAGCGCUGUCCUCAGUGGAGCCUGCUUCUUAGGUUCCAGGAUCCAUAUCCCACAGGCCUUUGCUAAAACUAUGAUGGGACAGCAACUUGCAUUGUAAGGGCGACUUGGGGGUCAGGAAUAUCUGCCAGUGGUAGCUGGUUUUAGAAAUCAUGUAGGUCUGAGAAUGAGAAGUUUGUCCAGCUGUUCUCUUUGCUGCAUGUAGCACUGUUCUCUAUAUGUUUGCAAUAUUCUAAAGUGCUAAAGUCUCAGGUGAACAUCACACUUUGCCCAGAAUUGUAAUCAGGACUCUUUAGAGUACUAAAAUGGUUGUAGAGGAAUCAUAAUAAACUGCAAACUUUGUCGUGUA